AUGGCAACAGCAUACCUACCGUACUACGAUUGCAUCAAAUGUACCCUUCACGCAGCGCUGUGCAUUGGCAACUAUCCUUCGCGUACUGUUGAACGCCACAACAAGCCUGAAGUGGAGGUUGCUGACUGCGCGGAAAGCCUUGGUGAGGGAAAGGCCAGCGAGGUUGUUCUUAACCCCAUCCACAUUGUGCGCUCAGAGCAGGAAAGCUGUUUUAUUGAACCUAGCAUCAAUAGUACGCGUAUAUCGGUUUCAUUCCUUAAGACUGAUGCUCUCGCCGAGCUGAUUGCUCGGAAGUACGUAGGCUUCUUGGCCCAGAGGGCUAAGCAGUUCCAUAUAUUAAGAAAGAAACCAAUUCCAGGGUUUGACAUAAGCUUUCUGAUAACCCACGAAGAGGUGGAAACAAUGCAUAGGAGUAAAAUAAUUCAGUUUAUCAUCAGUUUCUUGAUGGAUAUCGAUGCAGACAUUGCGGCAAUGAAGUUGAACACUAACCAGAGGGCUCGACGAGCGGCAAUGGAGUUCUUCCUCGCCUUGAACUUUACAUGA